AUGGCGCCUUCUUACUUAUCCAUCGCCCUCAUUGUUCUUGGAGAAGCCUUCGCGUCACAACUUCCUCUUUUCGAAACAUCCUCCCUAUCUCAGACGCAUUUAACCGCGAAGGAGCUGAUCAGCUCCAAGUCGCUCCAGGACCGUAUUCAUGUAGACAACCUAUUAGAACGAGCCAAUACGCUCUACAGCAUUGCUCAGCUAGGAGAAGAUGAGUACAACCAUCCAACUAGAGUCAUUGGAAGCAAAGGACACCUCGGCACCAUUGAUUAUAUCUACUCUACCAUUGCUCAAUUGGGUGAUUACUACACUUUAUCCAACCAGUCAUUCCCUGCGGUAGUUGGAAAUGUUUUCGAAUCCCGGUUAGUCUUAGGGAGUGAAGUUCCACAAUCAGCUAUUGCGAUGAGCUUGACUCCUCCAACCAAGAAGAAGCAGCCAGUCUUUGGGCCACUGGCUCUUGUGUCAAAUUUUGGAUGUGACGCAUCAGAUUACCUGGAUCUAACUAGUAAGAUUGCACUCAUUAGCCGUGGUGACUGUCCGUUUGGUACCAAGUCCUCUUUGGCUGGAAGAGCCGGCGCCAUCGCCGCUGUUAUUUACAACAAUGAAAAAGGCGCACUAGGUGGAACUUUAGGUACACCGUCCCCUGACCACAUUGCUACUUUCUCAAUUUCGGAUAGCGAUGCCGCACUGUAUAUCAAGAAGUUGAAAGAUGGAGAGGAGGUCCAGGCCAGCGCCUACAUUGACGCUAUUGUCGAGAGCAUCGAGACUACCAACAUUAUCGCACAGACUAAAGAAGGCGAUCCUGAAAACUGUGUCAUGCUGGGUGGUCACAGCGACAGCGUUACGGAGGGACCUGGCAUUAACGACGAUGGAUCUGGUUCUCUUACUCUUCUCGAGGUCGCCACCCAACUUGUAAAUUAUCGGGUUAACAAUUGUGUGCGUUUUGCUUGGUGGGCGGGUGAAGAGGAAGGACUACUUGGAUCAGACUACUAUGUCUCUGUUCUAUCACCUGAGGAAAAUUUGAAGAUUCGCCUUUUCAUGGACUAUGAUAUGCUCGCGUCGCCCAACUUCGCCUACCAAGUCUACAAUGCCACCAAUUCCUUGAACCCCGUUGGCUCCGAGGAGCUACGUGAUCUCUAUACUGAAUUCUACACUUCCAAAGGUUUGAACUUCACUUAUAUUCCCUUCGAUGGCAGAAGUGACUAUGAUGCUUUCAUUAAACAUGGUAUUCCAGGCGGCGGUAUUGCUACUGGUGCGGAAGGUGUCAAGACAGAGAAGGAACGGCAGGUAUUUGGUGGUGUCGCUGGUGACUGGUAUGAUCCCUGCUAUCACCAACUCUGCGAUGACGUGGGCAACGUCAACCUGACUGCUUGGGAGUUGAACACAAAGCUUGUCGCACACUCUGUUGCAACGUACGCUCGGUCCUUCGAUGGAUACCCGAAGAGAACAGGCAUUGAGGCUACCGCCGUGUUGGAUGUUCCACUGAGCAAAUACCAUGGGCCUAAACUGCAGGUGUAA